UAAUAUCUAUCCAAAUUCCCAGAAUUCACUUUCCCUUUUCCUUUCUCACACAAAAACAAACAAACAAGAAAAAAAACGGAAUCGAUUUGUCUUUCGUUUUCAUUACCUCUGCGUCUGUUACAAUCUCAAUUACCUUCCCGCGUUUCUUCUCCGCAAUUCCUCUCUUAAUUUCCUCCUUUUCUUUAUUUGUUUGUUUGGACCAUUUUGUCCUUUUUAAUUUCUUCAUAUAAAUUCUUUUUCUUAAAAGAAAUAAAUAAUAGAUUGAGAGUUUCAAAUUCAAUUGCAGCGCUGUUGUUGUUGUUGUUGUGGUGUUGGUGGGUAUAAAUUAAAAUAGUGCAUGACGAGCGCAUCGGAGUUAUUUUAUCAGAGAAGGUCGCGUGUAGGCCGAGCAGAUCUAGAACUCGAAUCUGACCGUAAUUUUCACUUCAAUUACACUCGGCGCCAUCCUCAUCAUCAUACUCAUACUCAUAGCCGUCAUGAUUUGGAUGGCUGUGAUCCUUCCCGGAGAUCAUCACCGCAUGUUCGCCAUCGCCUUUCCUCUCACUCUGACCGUGCAUCAGUUCGGCUUGAUCAGGCUACCAGUCAACUUGCACCAGGAAACAGUAUUAACACAGAAACUUUAAGCAGCACAAGCAGACCAAGAAUGACUGGAAAUGACAGGCUUCCUGGAGCUGUGCUACUUGCAAGGGCAAGACUUCUUGAAAGAUUGAGAGGCGUUUCAUUAUCCGGAAACAGGCGAAGUAGCAGAGCAUCCUUUGGUAUUUAUGACAGGGAGUUCACAUUUGGUGAUGACUUGAGGAUUGUUGACACGGGGGACUGGAGAACUGACAUUGCUCCAGGCAGGUCUUCCAGAGGAACCUCUUUUACGGAGUCAAUUUACACAACAGAAAGACUUCAACUGGCAGAGGAAUCAUACAAGAAGAAACCACCUGGUCUAACUCCAGAAGAUCUUGAAUGUUUGCAGUUGGAAAUCUUUAGCAGCUGGGAAAAGGGUGUUGAAGGGAUUGUUUCUCAGGCCUCAUGGGAUUGUAGUAUAUGUCUUGAAAGUUUCAAGGAUGGAGAUAAGCUUAUUUGCUUACCAUGUAACCAUAGGUUCCACUCUUCCUGCCUGGAUCCCUGGGUUCGAACUUGUGGUGACUGUCCAUAUUGUCGAAGAGAUAUAGCUGUAAGUAGUCGCAGUUCAUAAAGCGUAAAUAGGUGUCUUUCUGAAUGAGCUUUUCUUCUCUUUUUGUGGAACUUCUGUUACAUAGUGGUUUGUAAUUUUGGUGCCCACAAUGUACCAGAUCACAAAACUUGCCUCUUUUUGUCUACGUUUUUGCAUCUAAGUUCAGUUGAUUUAUGCCAUCAGGCGAAUCACAUGACUAACGGAUGUUAAUGUUUGUUAUUAUUAUUAUUGAAAAAUUCCUGUCAAA